AUGGCAAUCGUACUAAUAGGGCCAAUUAGCUCAGGGAAAACCACACUCUAUAACAAAAUUACACUGUCAUAAGAAACAAAAAAUAUGGGUGGAAAUGCAGUCACUAUGAGUUUAUUCAUGAAAAAAUCAUGUUUUGGUUCUGGUUUUUCAGUAUUAGAUACGAAAGGAUUCGGAUAAAAUUCGAAAAAAAUAGAUCAUAUUGCUAGAGUUCUUUCAGCCAUAUCAGAAGGGCCCAUUCAUAGAAUUUUUAUCACUACUAAAUAUGCGACAACCAACUCAAUUGUCUAAGAUCUAGAAAAAAUUCUAACUACAUUUAUGAAAUAUAGAAUUUUGGUCACAGUAAUAAUCACAUUUUGGGAUUUAUGUGAAUAAAAAGAAUUAGAAAAAAAUAAAUAAGAUAUUUAAUAAAGACUUGCAUAAUUUAAAAUUAAUUCCAUUAUGUUUGUUGGAAAGAAUGACACCCCUGAGAGUAUUUGUAGUAGGAUUGAUUCCAUUAUUGCGAAUUCUAAAGCAUAAAAUUAAGUUUUAACUCUUAAGCAUUUCUAACAGAAUUUUGAUAUAUUAGAGUAUGAUGAUGAUGAAAUACAUCAAAUUGAAGUAUUAAAACUUGAAUUAAUAAGAAAUUAUAAUAGGUUUUUUUAAUAGGCAACAUAAAAAAUACAAAACAACAAUAUUUCAAAAGAAUUAAUAGUAGAUUAUUUUUAUGCAAUAACUUAGUUUGCAAAAGAUUUUUUCUAAUAGACAAUAAAAAAGUUUGAGGUUGAUAUAUAACAAAUAAUAGAAAAAUUGGGAGAGUUAGAAUAAUUUAAGGCUUGUGAAAUUCAUUUCUAACUUAAGAAUACAAUAUUUUAAUAGUACGAAUAAAUUGUUUAACUUGCCCACCAAAAAACUCACAAUGGAAAAAAUUUCUCUUAAUAUAUAAGAAAAUGCUAUCAUUGCGGAUAAAUUUGGUUCAAAGCAGAUGGAUGCGAAGGCAAUACAGUCUGUGGAAGCCUGAAUGAGAACCAUCAAGAUUAUUUCCUCUAAGAGGAAGAGGCUCCUAGAAUAUUCAAAGUUACAUAUUUAAAGGAGAAUUUGGAAGUCUUUCUUGAUAAUUCUUUGAAACAAAAUGAUGUAGUUUUAGAUGAAAAAAAGAAACAAAAUCAAAUUAUAGAUGAAAAAUUCAAAUUAGGUGGAGUUGGAUGUAAAAAAAUAAUUAAUUGGAAUGAAAUGAAACCAUUGACAGAAGAAGAAAUGAAUGUAAUUUUAGGUAUUUUGGAUAUUCAAUUGUGCGAAAAAAUGGCAUAUAAAAAUGACCUUGAUUUGAAAUUAUUAGAGUAGAAAACAAAUAUAAAAAAAACAGCAUGA